UGUAAAUUGUUGGUAAUGAGUGAUUAAUACUAUAUAAUAACAGCGUGUUGUAUAUCAAUUGGGAGUAAAUUUCUGUCUCUGCAACUCAUAAGUAGGCGGGGCGAUGGUGGUGGGCAGUGUACGGCGGCGGCUGGGCCGGCGGUGGUCGCGGGCGGCGGCGCUGGUGGCGGCGUGCUGCGCGGCGGCCGUGCUGGCGGGGCUGCGGCCGGCGCCCGACCUCCUCACGCAGGCAGAGUUCCCCGGCGUGCGGCCCGCGGCGGUGGCUCACCUGCUCGCGGACUACUCCUCGCACCCGUUGACCCAACGUGGCACGUGGUCCGUGGAGAAGGAGUGGAGUAACUACACGUCGUGGCAGUACAUCGUGUCGUACGAUUGCGGCGCGCGGUGCUCGGGCCGCGCCACCGUGGAGGCGCACGACCCGCACCACGACCCCCGCGCCGGGGCCCAUGCUGGGUCCCACGCCGGGGCCCACGCCAGUGACGGCGGGGAACACCGUGUGCGCGUGGUGCACGCACACUGCACCAGACUGCCGCUGCUGCCGUGGCCUCAACUAUGCGGUGAGACGGACACGGAGACUGUGGUGCGGGGCGGGGGCGCGGAGGGCGGCGCGCGUGUGAGCGAGCGCGCCCGGUCGCGGUGCGUGGGCGCGGCGGCGGCGCUGGCGGCGCUGGCCGGCGCGUGCGGCGACCAGCGGCUGCUGCGCGCGCAGCGACACCUGCACCUGCAGCACCUGCGACGAGCGCUCGCAGCCACCGCACCGCACCCACCACUCUGA